CAGUGAAAUAUGUAUUGGCUAUGCAAGAAUGCAUUCAUCUGGGGAUAUAUUAGUGCUGUUUCUUUCAACACUAGUGUCAGUAUUUGGACUUCUGGAGCACAGCUUCAUAAUUACUGUGUAUAUUCGUGACCUGAAGAAUAAUGGAAAACUUGACUCACAGGACUUGAUUAUCACUAGCCUAGCAGUCUCCAAUAUCUUGGCUCAAGUUAUUCAGUUUAUAGUAAUAACAAUUUCAGCACUUCAUACCUGGCACCCUGGUUACCAAUACUUUUAUUUCUUUCACCUGUUUUCCUGCUCUCUCAGUUCCUGGCUCUUAGCUUGGCUUUGCAUAUUUUAUUGUGUGAAGAUCAUAAACAGCAGUCAUAAUUGUUUUUUGUGGAUUAAAAAGAAGACAGUUUGCAUGACGCCUCACAUUCUCCUCGGCAUUGUAGUUUGUUCCACUAUUAUCAGUGGAACUGCAUCCUUUGUUACAGAAUCUACAACUCUUGUUAACGUUACAGGGACUACUGGAAACUACACACUAAAGUAUAUCUGUUCAGCAUGCACAACAGGACAUUAUCUCUACUUAGCAUGUGCUUCUUUCCUGCCUUUCAUCAUCCUGGUCACAAGCAGCAUUGUCAUCAUUAUCUAUUUAUGUCAACAUGCGCAAAAGAUGGAGACCAUUUUACAGGGUUCUGGCAGUUUAGGUGCUGAAAUCCAUAUUCGUGUGAUCAAGAUGUUUUUCUCCAUUAUCUUCAUCUAUACUUUAAUAUUUUCUGCAGUGAUUUCAUAUGCAUUGUUUGCUGAGUAUAUCAAGGAUGUUUCAUCUAUAAUCCUUGCCAUGCUUUACGUGACAUUUCCCUUUAAUAGUUCAUGUCUGAUCAUUUAUUCUAACACAAAGCUGAGAAGCAGGUGUGUUUCGAUCUGGUACUGCAGGAACAGUCAUGAAGAUGGCUGAAUCCAAAUGUCUGAUUAUUGCAUAUUUUUUUUCUUUGAUGAUAAGUUUUAUUGAUUUAAGUUAAAAAA